AUGACUUCACAAAGCACAGUCUUUCAGCUGAGCGGCACAUGUAACAACUACGGCUGGGGUCGCAAGGGCCAUGACUCCCUUGCCGCCCGCCUCUGCGAGAACACGCCCGGCGACUUCAAGAUCGACGACAACGAAGCCUACUCGGAGAUGUGGUUCGGCGACUACCCGGACUUCCCCGCCCGCGUGCUCGAGACGGGCGAGCUGCUCAAGGACGUCCUCGACCGCAACAAGGAGACGCUGCUUGGGCCCAAGGUCGUCCGGGACCUCGACGCCCAGCUCCCCUACCUGCCCAAGAUCCUCUCCAUCGCAAAGGCCCUGCCGCUCCAGAUCCACCCCAACAAGUCCCUCGCGAGCCGGUUGCACGAGCAGGACCCGGACGCCUUCACCGACUCGAACCACAAGCCCGAGAUCGCCGUCGCCCUCGGCCGCUUCGAGGUCUUCGCCGGCUUCAAGCCCCUCGACCGCAUCUCCCCCGUCUUCAACAUCCCCGCGCUGCGCGCCUUCAUCCCGGACGGCACCUCGACCUGGACCGACGAGACGCUGCGCGAGGUGACGCGCCGCAUCCUGCUGGCCGACGAGGCCGCCGUCGAGAAGGCCGCCCGAGCCCUCGCCGUGACCCCGCGCGGGGACCUCGGCGACAACGCCUACGUCGCCGACCUGCUGCCCCGCCUGCAGGAGCAGUACGGCGCCGGCGACCCGGGAACCCUCGUCGCGCUACUGUGCAUGAACUUCCUGACGCUCGAGGCCGGCGACGCCCUCUACAUCCCCGCCGACGGCAUCCACGCCUACCUGUCGGGCGACAUCGUCGAGUGCAUGGCGCGCUCCAACAAUGUCCUCAACACGGGCUUCUGCCCGCCCGGCGACCGCGACAACGUCGACCUCUUCAGCAAGACGCUGACGUUCAAAGCGCACAGCAGGGAGGACGUGCUGCUGCCCGCCGAGGCGAGCCUGCGCGGCGCCCGGGGCCGCACGGUGGUGUACCCGCCGCCGCUGCGCGAGUUCGACAUGCUCAAGACGGACCUGGACGCGGGGAACGGGACCGAGGUCAUCAAGGCGGGCGAGGGACCCGCGGUGGCCAUCGUCACGGACGGCGAGGGCGUCUUGGAGGCCGACGGAAAGAGGUUCGACGUCAAGGCCGGGUACAUCUUCUUCAUCGCCCACGGCAUCGAGGCCAAGUGGGAGACCAAGGGCACGAUGCAAAUCUUCACGACGGUUGUUUGA